CAAUUUGAAUCUACCGCUAAUGAUGUUUUAAAUUUAUUCAGAGAAAAAAUGUGAUUAAAAACCAUAAAUUUGAAUUAUAAUAAUAAUUGGUGCGAAGAAGUGUGUAGUGAACUCUCAACCUUAUCUCUUGACACGUAACUAGAUAGUCCGAGCCCGGUUCGACCCAAAUCCGGUCCCACUUUGUUCGGUCCAAUUACCUUUUUACCCACCAAACUCCCCCCUUACGAUACCAAUAAUUAUCCAGCCGUUAUUUGCAGCAAAACCAGAGCUCACAAACACAUACAUAUCGAGAUUAGGGAGAGAGAGAGAGUGGAGUGAGAGAAUCAUAACACUCUCCACCUCACAUAUAUUAGAUACAAGUAUAUAUGAUACGGAAUACAUGGAGUCUCGUGAAUCUCCGAUCCAAACCACGGAAGCAGUCGACGAAUCCUCCGAAACGCUCUUCCGCGGGCGGCGCCGCGGCUGCUUCAGCCUGCCGUGCUUCGAGCGGCAGCAGAGCACCUCCACCGGGCUGACAUGGUGGCAGAGGAUACGCCCCGCCGAGACCUCCUCCCUCUGGUCGCGGGGCGUGGGCGCGGUGAUGAAGAUCCGCGAGUGGUCGGAGCUGGUCGCCGGCCCCCGCUGGAAGACGUUCAUCCGCCGCUUCAAUCGGAACCGGAGCGUCGGCAAGCACGCCAAUUUCCAAUACGACCCCUUGAGCUACGCCAUGAAUUUCGACGAGGGGCCGGGGCACUCUGGGGAUUUCACACCGGAAGGGGAUGACGUGGACGGCUACUACUACGCAUCGCGCAAUUUCUCGUCCAGAUACGCCAAGGGCUCGAUGGACCUCGGCAACGACGGGCCCACCUUCGUCUAGCUCUACACGCCUCACUUGCUCUUAAUUUUAUCUGUGCCACAAUUUUCAAUUAUUUUGUAAGAAGGAUGGAUGUUGCUGGGUAGGCGCGCACUACGCUAUUAUGAUUAACUUACAGCUCAUCGAUGUAGGACUCAUUUUCUUUUUGGCUUUAAAGUAUUUGUGUAUAUACAUAUAUAUGUAUGCGUGCAAGCUUUAGGGAUUUAAUGUUUUGUUUUAUGUGAUUCCUGGAUUUAAUUAUUGUUGUUUCGUGUUGGCGGUAUAAAGUUUUGAUGUGGAUUAGUCAAA